AUGAUUUCUACUACUGAAAAUCUAGAAGGAGAAGGGCAACCUUCAUCGCUGUCUUCUACUUCAGAAGCCAUAGGUAAUCAUAGUGCGAUUUUACCAACAACGCGAACAAAAUUUGAAGAUUUAAGUCCUGAAUUGAUUUGUGAUAUCUUCGAUCUAUUUUGCACUGAAGCCAAUGUUCUAUACCACGCAUUCUACAACUUAAAUCUCCGUCUAAACUAUGUUUUGCAACAAACUAAAGUUCAUAUUACACACUCAAGUUAUUCACUUGUUCCACAGAUUAUUCAUCCUAAGCAAAUCCAAUCCUUACAUAUGUUGAUUUGUGACCAACGGAAAAGCUUUGCAUUUUUAACAAGUUUAUCUCCGGGGACAAUGGUUUCAUUAAAAUUGGAACUAGCACAUGGUGACAAUCUUAUUAGAUCUAUACUUUCUACUUUAACAAAUUUUCAAAAAUUGAAAACAUUAAAUCUUCGUGUGAUAAUUAUAUCCGAACAAGUAGAACGAGAAUUGCAUCAAACUGUUAGUCAAUUGCCGCGUUUGAAAGUACAGUAA